AUGGGGAACUCUAUGUCGUGGCUAUCCAAUCUGCUCUGGAGCAAGAAGGAGACUCGAAUCCUAAUUUUGGGUCUUGACAAUGCUGGAAAGACCACUUUGCUCUAUAGGCUGAAGAUCGGGGAGGUUGUCACUACUAUUCCCACCAUCGGGUUUAAUGUCGAGUCGGUUACAUAUAAGAAUUUGAACUUGAACGUCUGGGAUCUUGGUGGUCAAACAUCCAUCCGUCCCUACUGGCGAUGUUACUACGCCAACACUGCUGCCGUUAUCUUCGUCAUUGAUUCGACAGAUAUCGAGCGAUUAGGAACUGCAGCGGAUGAGUUGGCAGCUAUGCUGAACGAGGAAGAACUCCGCGACGCGGCGCUGCUAGUGUUCGCCAACAAGCAGGAUCAGCCCGGGGCAAAGGGCGCAGGCGAAAUUUCAGAGGCACUGAAGCUGGGAGAUCUGCGGGACCGCAACUGGAGUAUCGUGGCCUGUUCCGCCAUUGAUGGCAAGGGUAUUGAUGAGGGCAUGGAUUGGCUGGUUCAAACCAUCCAGGCGGAAACAUGA